UGAAAUUGAGGGAGUCCCAUGAGAGACGGAGUGAGCUCUCAACUUUCUUUCUUUCUUUCUUUUUUUUCUUUUCUUUUUUUAAUUUAGCUGCUGAUUCUGGACCUUGGAAUUAGUGUGUGGUGUCUAAUUUGGCUGCAGAUUCUCAGCUAAGGUCCGACAUCUGGAGGAACCCAAAUGACCUGCAGAUGGAAACCUGAAUGAAGAGGUUCUCCUUUGUCUUCCUGGAUAUUUUUCAUUACUGACAGGAGAGCUGAAAGAGUGGAGCAACAUUGGAAGCCCUCUGAGAAAAGUCAUGGUUCCCUCUCUGCACUGGCUGCUCCUGCUGUGGAGACUUCAGGCUGUGUGGGCUCAAGACUAUGAAGAAUAUGAAGAUGAGGUUGUGACCACAAGGAGGAAAAACAAACUCUUCACACCAAAUUCCAUACCACAGAAUGGCAAAUCUUCUAUCGAUGAAGACUGCAGUUUGGAGUUGGCCUUCCUGGUCGACAGCUCAGAGAGCGCCAAGGACAACCACAAUCAGGAGAAACGUUUUGUUUCCGACGUAAUGGACCGACUGCAGGGCCUCCGGCUGGAGAGUGGCCGCGGACUCAGCUCCCGUGCGGCCCUCCUUCAAUACAGCAGCCAGGUCAAGAUAGAGCAGACCUUCAGAGACUGGAGGGGCAUUGAAAACUUCAAAGCCAGAGUUGCUCCCAUUCAAUACAUAGGCCACGGCACCUACACCACCUACGCCAUCACCAACCUGACGCGCAUUUACUUGGAGGAGUCAGGCACCAAAAGCAUCAAGGUGGCCGUCCUGCUCUUUGACGGCAUUUCGCACCCAAGGAACCCAAACAUAUUUGACGCUGUGGACGAUGCGAGGAACCAAGGCGUUCGGUUCUUCACUAUAGGAAUCACACCUGAAGCCAACGAAGCAACCAACAUUGCACAGCUGCGUCGAAUUGCUAGUUCCCCAGCUACCCGCUACCUUCACAACUUGCAAGAUGUUGGCAUUGUGGAUAAGGUCAUCAAGGAGAUUACAGCGCUGGCAGAAGAAGGUUGUCCACUCGAAUUGAACCCGUGCAAAUGUGAUAAAGGUGACAGAGGACCCAGUGGCCCUGCGGGCAAGAAAGGACGUCCUGGAGAUGAUGGAAGCCCUGGCGCAAAGGGACAGAAGGGUGAAAGUGGUCUCAGUGGACUUCCAGGCCGCGAAGGAGCCGAGGGUAAAUCAGGAUACAAAGGAGAGAAGGGAGAGAGAGGAGAGUGUGGCACACCAGGCGUUAAAGGAGACAGAGGCCCUGAAGGUGUUAUUGGUCCAAGAGGAAACCGUGGACUUCAGGGUUUGCCAGGUCCACUGGGUGAUGUGGGACCUGAAGGAAUCAUGGGAAAAAAAGGGGAGCGGGGGCUUCCUGGUCCACCUGGAAUCCAAGGUGAGACUGGGAUCGGCCUUCCGGGAUCAAAGGGGGAUGUUGGUUUCCAGGGGCAACCGGGGCCUCCCGGCCCUACGGGGAUCGGCGAGCCCGGACCACCGGGUCCUCAGGGGCCACAGGGAGUCCAAGGAGAGAGAGGACCGACAGGAGAAGGUAUCCCUGGUCCUAAGGGCGAGCGAGGCAUAGAGGGGCCGCGGGGGCCCAGAGGACAGCCGGGCCUAGGAAUCAAAGGAGACAAGGUAGAGUACAGAGAGGCCAUAAAUGAGGCGCCGUGCUGAAAAGACUUCACAAAAGCGGAGAAACGCGAGAAA